AUGCCCAGCGUCCUGCAAUUCGGGCUAUUGUGUCACACGCUGACGGCUCGCAUGCGGCUUAUAUCUUGGAAUCCGAUGCCUCUGCAAGAUUGCGACAGGCGCAUCGAGAUUUCACGAGAAUUACAACAUGUUGACGCGGUUUUGCUCUCUGGCACCCAGACCAAGACUAUCGACGCCUACGACACGCACUCAACUACUGAGUUCCUCAUGCUAAAGUUCGGCUGGCACCAUUGCAACAAGAACACGACUGGCAGCAAAUCAUGUGGUACCGAGAUUUGGCAUAGCAGACGAUGGUUCCGGAAAUCCCAUAUUGUGAAGGUCUGCCAGACGCCCGCGGCGAUUCGUGGCAGAGUGGGUGCGGUGCGAGUCAAAAGCUCCCAGUUCGACUACACAUUCAUCGCGGCGCAUUUUCCACCUCGCGCUCCUCGCCGCACCACGGCGACCAAGCACGAAGUGAUCGUGGACAAGAUUACUGCCCACCUGCGCGACGUCCUCGCCAGCCUGCCGAACCGCACCUGCGUUUUCAUCGGCGCGGACCUGAACGACGGCCUCAAGCGCGACAUCUCCACGGUGGACGAAAAUGCUACGAUUGGUGCAUUCGCCAGCGGCCAACAGCACUAUGCUGGUGGCGCCUUCCACGCGCUCCUGAAGGACUACGCCCUGUGCGCGACCAACACGCGCCACCGGCACAACAUCGCCUGCCGCCUCACUAAGCGACUUCGAGCAUUUCCUUCGCAACGGCUGCUUGAUCACAUGAUGUUGUAUAUCGACGUGGACUGUUCCCUCACGUACGACAAGCCCAAGACGCUACCGCAGUGGGACUUCGCUCGGAUCUUCCCCGCUUCGCACGACGAAAGGUACCGCUGGUGGGCGAAGCAGCUCCGCGACGACAUCGAGAGAGACUUGACGAACCUCAUGCACGAGUACGGGCACA